GUCCUGAGACAGCGUGUGUAGCAACAUUUUUCUUACUAAACAUGAAAAAUAUGUUUUUUUAAAACACUGUGUUGUUUUUCUCUCGAGCUGCUGUCCGGACAAAACUACAAAAUGAAGUUAAAGGCUAAACCUCUGUCUCACAAAUCAGAAAACACCUACCGGUUUCUCACAUUUUCGGAAAGACUUGCAAAUGUGAACAUCGAUGUGAUCCAUCGGAUCGAUCGAACAGGGAGUUACGCUGAGGAGGUAGACACCUACUUUUUUGAAGGAUGUAUAAAAUGGAGAGACCUGAACCUGACAGAUCACUUUACUGCCUUUUCAAGGGAGGUUUUUCACAAAAGUCAGUCCUAUCACAUGUUGGUGUUCCACCAGAAUGCCAUAGUGGAGAGUCUGAAGACUCAUCUGUCAGUAAAGAACAGCCUGGCCUUCCAACCGCUCUUAGAUCUUGUUGUCCAGUUUGCUCGUGACCUCCAGACAGACUUUUACCCUCACUUUCCUGACUUCUUCAUCAUCAUUACCUCAUUGCUUGAGACACAGGAUACUGAGGUGCUGGAGUGGGCCUUUACCUGCCUCUCCUAUCUCUAUAAGUAUUUAUGGAGAUUGAUGGUGAAGGAUAUGGACAAGAUAUACAGUCUUUACAGCAAGCUUCUGGCACACAAGAAAGAGCACAUCCGUAACUUUGCAGCGGAGAGUUUUUCCUUUUUGAUGAGAAAGGUUGCAGAUUUUGACAGCUUGUUUACACUGAUGUUUGCGGAUCUGGAGAAGUAUCCUCAGAAGGCUGAGGGAGUCGGGCAGCUCAUCUUUGAGAUGUGCAGAGGAGUCUGCAAUAUGUUCCACUCUUGCACCAAUAAAGCUUUGCCAGUGGCUCUGCAGAAACUUGGUCCCUCUGGGGAAGGAGAUAUUGCUCUGCCGUGGGAUUCCAUCAAAGAAGCCCUUGAUCACAUGGCCGAAUCUUCAGCCAAUUAUGUUGCAAAGGAAAACUUCUUGGUUUUUUGGGAUUCGUUACAGGCUUGCAUCAAAUACUUGCUCCUGAAGCUGGAGGCAGGGGAUUCUAAACAGACCAGCCAGCACAUUGAAAGGGUCUUGUUUAUUUACCACACACUGGUAGAGUACAGAAAAGGAGCCAAGAUCACCAAUCCACAGUCUGUCUGUGAGUUACUUCUCCAGCUGGUCAGUACUAGAGGGCUGUCCUACACCUGCUGCAGUUUACUGCUUCAAGUGAUCUCAUCGUUUCUGCUUGCGGAGAACCUGUCCCUACCAGCAAAUAUGAUCCAGGAGCUGGUGAAAAAGGUCUUUACUAGUGGGAUGGAUCGAGAUCUUAUUUUGUCAUUCGCCAAAGAGAUGUUCAGUAUGGAGCAGUUUGAGCAGCUGUUUCUGCCCAGUAUGCUGCAGUUUGUGGAGCAGCUGUUCUCCAGUGAUGAUUCUGUGAGCAGACUGUUGACUCUGGAGUUGCUUGUCAGGCUGAUCCUGGGUAAAGCCCAGCCUCCUACUGACGGCUCAAUGGCAUUUGAGAAAUACCCACUGGUCUUCACUGGGCAGUCUGGAGGAUUAUACGGGGUGGACAAGGCACACGCGGUAUCGGUUCCUCAGCUCAUCCUCUCCCUCAUAACCGUUCCAGAGGAACAGCUACUAUCCGAUCUCUCUCAAAUUUGGGCCGCCCUGGUGCUUCUUCCUCAUCUCAGACCCCUGGAGGCAGCAAGCGUGAUUCCUCCUCUAACUGCCCUAUUGAAUCGACUGUUACAUGAGGUGCACAGUGAAAAACUUGGGAAAGGAGGGCUUUUUGUGGCACGACAGGCCCUAACCACAUUGCUGAGCUUCAAGGAAACAGCAUUGGUCUUGUCUCUGCUCCCAGAUGAGCUUGUCCGUUGCAUCAUACAGAAGUUUCCCACUGAUCUUUCUGCACUGCUACUGGCUGACCUGUACUACACCAGACUGUCCCUCAACGGCUGCUCCGCACAGUUAUCUCACAACUCCUUACUGGAGCUAUAUCAGAUGUUGCAAUCCAAUUUUUCUUCCAACAUCUCAAAGAUUCGUCUUCUGACAUUGAGAAUUAUGUCCCACUUCGAGGCGGAUCUUCCAAAAACAGCGGAGGGGGAGGAAAGCUCCAACACGCAGACAGUGUUUGCCAUCUGCCUGCAGGCCGAGCAGGUACCAGCUACAGUGCAGGAUUACAGAGAGAAGCUGCUGCACUUGCGCAAACUGCGCCAUGACCUGGUGCAGCCCUGCCUCCCCAAAGGCCCUUUCCACCAGGUUCCACUGAGGUACCUCAUUGCAAUGCUGUUCGUUAAUUUCAGACCUUUGUGGGACGCUGUUAUUGACCUCCUUGCGUCACAUGCCAGAGAUAUGGACAACAAGGAGUUUUGGAUUGUUUACUAUGAACAUUUGGAGAUGGUCGCUGGUCUUGCAGAGAGAGAACUUCAGCAGGAUGAGGAAGUUGAUGAAGUCAGUGAUGAGGAUGAAGGAUCAGGGUCAAGGCUGGGUCCAGAGGCAGAUGUGAUCAACAGCGGGGAUGUUGGUGUCCUGUUUCUUGAGCAGUUGGAGCAAGCAGACAGUGUCGAUGAUCGCACCGAUUUCACUAACUUUCGUAGUUUGUUGUGGAGGGCCAUGAGCCAGUUUCCUGACAGGGUGGAACCACGGAGCCGAGAACUCAGCCCGCUGCUGCUGCGCUUCCUCAGAAAUGAGUUCCAUCCAGCUGACCUGCUAGUGGCCCCAGUUCAGAAUCUUUCGAAGAGGAACGACUCUUCCACACAAUUCAUGGUUGAGACUGAAAAGGAGGAUGUGAGGAUGAGAGAGGGAGAGGAGGAAGAAGAAGAAGACGUGGAGGAAGAGUCCCAACAAGCUGGAAGAAAAAUGCCAAGGAGAGCUGCAGCCAAGCAACUCAUUGCUCAUCUUAAAGUCUUUUCCAAGUUUACUAAUCCCAAAGCUUUAUACUUGGAGCCUGAAGUACGGGAGCUGUAUGCUCAGCUCCUGUGCCAUAAGGACCAGCAAAUUCAGAGGGCAGCACUGGACUGUUUGAUGACCUACAAAGACCCAAACAUUCUUCCUUACAAAGAGAAUCUGGAGAGACUGCUGGACGACAAGCAUUUCAAAGAUGAAAUUGUUCACUUCAACAUCUCCGAGGAGGGAAAAGCAGUGCUGGAUAUGCACCGCCCUCAACUUAUCCCUGUGCUCAUGAGGGUCCUGUAUGGAAGGAUGCGCACCAAAAUUGGUAACAAGUUCCAGGGCAAAGCUGCCACUGCAUCACGUUCCUCCAUAGUGCUGCGUUUCCUGGCAGGUUGCCAGCCAGAUGAGCUAGCGAUGUUCAUUGACUUGCUGCUGGAACCCGUGUGCCAUCACAGCCAAGGAACAUGUCUGGCUGCAGUAGAGAGGGCUCUGGCUGAGACUGACUCCUCCUCAGUCCUCCCUCUGGGUCGACAGCACGGGAUGCUCAACAUUAUAGACGUCGUGCUGCACAAACUGGGCCACCUCAUACAAACAUACCUACCCAAGCUCCUACAGAUCCUGCUGUGUGUCACUGCCUCUGUGUCUUUGCUGCUGGACCGCAGAGUGCAGUUGAAACCUGGUUGUAUCGGGCCGCUAAAGAACCUGAGACGACUGGGUCUUCUUCGCAUCCAGGACUUCUUUGACAAGUUUGAGUCAUACAACUUCACAGCUGAUGAACUUGAUGCCGUGUUCCAUGCUAUCGUCUGGCCUCAGGUGUGUCGUUUGCCCUCAGAGAGCUCAUAUGCUCCCACGCCACUCCUUAAACUCAUCCAUGUCUGGAGCAUGAAUUCUAGGUAUUUCCCACUGCUGGCUAAACAGAGACCGGACCACCCAGAGUGUGACAUCCUGUUCAAUGUCUUAGCGCUGCUAUUGUCUAAAAACGUCUCUCCUAAAACAGUGUCCAUGGUAAUGGACAUCUGCGAGAAUUUACUGAGCAUACCAGACUUCACACCCUCUGAGAUGGAGACAGAGGGAGAGGGAGAGAUGGAGACAGAGCUGAGCAUCAAUGGUUGUGUCAUUCCUGAGCCAGCUCCUGGUUCAGAUGACACCACAGAGCCAUUGACUGUAGGUUCGAGGCUGCUCUUACCUCACAUCCCUGCUGUGCUUCAGUACCUCGGUGCAGUUGUGCGCAACUCCGAUCGCCUCAAGAAGAAGAAGUUCAGAGCACAAGUUAGCAAGGAGCUUAACAUCCUCUCCAAGAUCAGUAGAUUUGUCACUGACAAGGAACAGAGCUCAACACUUAUCCGUCUGCUGCUCCCGUACCUCCACAAACCUAAGAUUGCUGAGGAGACAGAGCUGGACAUUCUGAGCACAGUGCAGAACCUGUUGAAACAGUGUUCAGAGCACAGUGUGUUCCUGAAGCCUCUUAGUAAACUCUUUUCCAUCGUACGCAACAAGCCAUGCCGUAAAGUCCUGUGUGAGAUCUUCAAGACUCUGUGUGACCUGGAUAACGAACUGGAGUACAUAGUUGACGUUGCAGUACAGCUUAAUGCUUUCGACAGUCGCCAUCUAGAUGUGAUUCACUUUGAUGUGCGUCUGAUGGCAUUCCAGAAGGCAAUUAAACGCAUCGAAGAGAUGGACACACUAGACAUGAGAUAUCUCAUGGUCAUUAUGCACAACUGCUUUCACUCUUUUGAAAUUGGCGACAUGUCUCUGGCAGACAGUGCCACUUUGUGUCUUUCAGCUAUACUUACACAGCUGGCUGCUUUGGGCUGCCCUGAGCAGGAAUAUAAAGAGAUUGUGCAGUACACUGUGUUGGAUGCCGUGAGGAAAGGGCUGAAGAGCAAAACAGAGAGCGUGAGGAGUGAUUACACUUCAGUCCUGGCCUGUCUGGUGAAAACCUUUCCUAGUCGCUCAGAAUUCCGAGACCUGGUGCAGCUCACAAACUACACAGAUCCUGAGUCAGACUUUUUUGAGAACGUGAAACACAUUCAGGUACAUCGCAGGGGACGAGCACUCAGGAGGUUUGCCAAGCAGCUCACAGAGGGCACAGUGGUGAUGACUUCCCGCUCCAUGCAGAACUACAUCAUGCCCUAUGCCAUGAUUGCACUGUUUGAUGAGAAACUUCUCAAGCAUGAGUCUAUGACUUCCUCAGCAGUUGAAGUUAUUGGAGCGGUGUGUAAGCGCCUCACCUGGUCUAAAUACCUCUACUACCUCAAGCACUUUAUCCAUGUGCUCCAAACAGGAAUUGUUGAGCAGAAGCUGGCAGUAAGUUUGCUGCUGAUUAUUCUGGAAGCCUUUCACUUUGACCAUGAGAGUCUGAGCAAAGAAAUCGAGGCAACCAAGAACAAAAAGGCAGAUGAGCCAACUGUUAUAAAUGAAGAAGCAGAAGAGGAGCAAGCAGAAGUCAUGGAUUCAGAUGAAAGUGAUUUGGAGGAUGGCAUGGAGACCAAUGAUGCUGUUGCUACAGAGACAGAUGGAAUGGACACUGGUGAUGGUGUUGGUGAUGCUGAUUCCACCAAACCCAAAGGAAGCACAGAGGCUAAGCCAAAGAAAGGACCCCCUGUUGUUAGCAGUGGCCUUCCACAGAGUAAAGAGGAACUGGAGGCUCUCAUCUCAUCCAUUCAUCACACUGUCACUCAAAGUAUCUUGCCCAGACUACAUAAAUGCCUAAUAGCUAAGGUGAAGAGAGAUGAUGAGCAUAAAACUGUGAAAUCGAAGGAAGUAAAGGAUGAGGAGGUGGUAAGAGUGCCCAUUGCCUUUGCUAUGAUCCGGCUCAUGCAGACUCUUCCUCAGGAAGUGAUGGAAGCCAACUUGCCUGGGGUACUCCUCAAAGUGUGUGUCCACCUAAAGAGCCGUUUUCAGGAGAUCCGAGAUGUAGCUCGAAGCACUCUGAUCAAGAUCAUUAAGGCCCUUGGACAUCAUUACCUGCAAUAUCUUCUCAAAGAGAUGCAGGGUGUCCUUGUUAAGGGCUACCAGAUCCAUGUAUUGACAUUCACUGUUUACCAUCUGCUCUCAAUCCUGAAACCAUCCUUAAAAGCCGGAGAGCUAGACCCUUGCAUGGACACUCUGAUAGAGAUAUUCAACAAUGAGCUGUUUGGUUCUCUUGCGGAGGAGAAGGGGAUCAGGGGUAUAGUUUCAAAAGUGAUGGAGGCGCGUCACAGCAAGAGCUCAGACUCGUACGAGUUUUUGGCUCAGUUCUGCAGCCAGGAGAGGGUCACACAACUCAUCCUUCCACUCAAAGAGAUUUUGGAGAAGACAGCCAGCCUGAAGGUGUCCCGGCGAGUGCACAGUGUUUUGAGGAGAGUCGUAGCAGGCCUUCUGUUGAACCAGAGCAUGACCCCUGAGUCCAUUCUGCUGCUGAGCCACGGCCUCGUCAGCCAGAGCCUGCCGCUUAUCACCAGCAAGAGCAAACAGAAGGCUGCUCUUCCACCAGACCCCCGACUGCCACCUCCCAGCUGCUUGCUCUUGCCCCCUACCCCAAAGAGAGGUGGAGCAAAGGUGGCCCUCAACCGCCAAACCAACAUGCACAUCCUAGUGGACACUGGACUGAGUCUGCUCCAUGGAAGUUUGAAAAAUUCCAAGGUCAAUUCUUCUAUACCAUCUGUACGGGAGAUGUUGGAUCCAUUUGUCCCUCUUCUGGUGGACUGUCUCAACUCUAUGCAUGUCAAGGUGAUCACGGAGUCUCUGCAGGCCUUCAUCUGGGUCCUAAAGUUUCCUCUUCCUGCAGUGGAGCAAAAUGCAGAGCAACUCACCAAGCAGUUGUUUGUCCUGCUGAAGGACUACGCUAAAGCAGGUGCAGGUCAUGGAGAAAACUUCCAUCUCGUCCAGAACUGCUUCAAGGUCAUCACAGUCCUUGUGAAGUGUGUGAAGAAAAACUGCAUCUCUAAUACACAGUUGCAAGUGCUGCUGGGAUAUGCUGAAGAGGACAUCUAUGAUAAUUCCCGUCAAGCCACUGCAUUCGGCUUGCUCAAGGCGAUCCUUUCCAAGAAGCUGGUGGUACCAGAGAUGGAGGAGGUGAUGAAAAAAGUUGCAAAACUGUCAAUCAAUGGCUCGAAUGAGCAGGUCCGCGUCCGCUGUAGGCAGAUUUAUUUGAAGUAUCUAAUGGAUUAUCCACUUGGGAAAAAGCUGAGAAAUCAUUUUGACUUUAUUGUUGCUCAACUUACAUAUGAGUAUGACACAGGGAGACAGUCUGCCCUCGAGAUGAUGGCCUUCAUUUUCCAAACCUUCCCUCAGCCUCUUCUCUUGGAGCACUGUGGACUUUUCUUUGUGCCUCUUUCUCUGGCUAUGGUCAACGAUGAUUCAGCCCGCUGCAAGAAAAUGGCCUCUCUAGCCAUCAAGUCAUUACUGGAUCAGUUGGACGUGAAGCACCAGAACUCCAUGUUCACAUUGGUCAAUGGUUGGCUGACUGGAGAGAAGGUGGCACUACGAAGAUUGGGUGCUCAGGUCUGUGGGCUUUUUGUCGAAGCAGAAGGUGAAGGGUUUGGCCACAGACUGGAUUCCCUGCUGCCUGUAAUAGAGAGGGAAAUCCACAUUACCAACUUUGAAGAUAUCGAAGAGGAAGAAAACGAGAAGGCUGCAGACAGAUUACUCUUCUACUAUCUCACCCUCAUUACUAAACUUAUCAAACACUGUGGCUUUUUGGAACUCCACAAACCAGCUGACACUCUCUCUAGCAUCUGGGGUCACAUUGAAGCUCACCUGCGUUAUCCUCACUCCUGGGUUUGGCUGACUUCUUCUCAAAUCUUUGGCCUGCUUUUUGGUGCUCAGAAACCAGAAGAGCUGCUAUCUCUGUGGCACUCUGAAAGAAAAGCCCCUCAAAACACCCAGCCUGUGGCCUCCUCUUUCCUCUCAACCAGCCUGGACAAGAGGAUGAGGGAGCUCGUCUUAUCAUUCUGUCACCAGCUGCAGUCCAAGUACCUGGACGUCACUGCUGGAGAGCAGGUAAUCAAGAACCUACUCUUCGUGGCCAAGGUGAUCUAUCUUAUUUCACCAGAGUCUGACAUGUUGGAGGAAAAUGAAAAAGAAGGAGAAAAAGUUGCUGUGGAAAAAACAGAAGAGGAAAACGAAGAUGAGGAUGAGGAGCAGGAUGAUGAAGAGGAGGAGCAGCAUGAAGGGCAGAUUAUAGAGGAGCAAGAUGAGGAGGAUGAGCAGGAGCAGCAAACUAUAGAGGAGCAUGAUGACAAUCGUCCACCGUCCCUGCUCUGGGUGAUUAGGAAGCUCACACUGCUUGCUAAGAGAGAGGCAGCAAACACCCCCAAAGUGCCAAUGAAGAGAACAUGCGUUUUUAAGUUCUUGGGAGCCAUGGCUGUUGAUCUGGGCAAAGAGCGUCUCGGCCCCUACCUGACUACCAUCAUUGCUCCGCUCCACAGAGAACUGGACAGCACAUAUGCAGACCAAGACCCAACACUGAAGAACCUGGCCCAGGAGCUCAUCGAGCUGCUGAAGAAGCUAGUGGGUCUUGAAAAGUUCUCGCUUGCCUUUGCUGCUGUACAGAAGCAGGCCACACAGAGACGAGCCUCACGCAAGAAACACAAGGCCCUGCAGGCUGUGGCCAAUCCUGACAUUGCUGCUAGGAAAAAGAUCAAGAAGCACCAGAAGAAAACCGAGGCAAAGAAAAGAAAAAUUGAAUUUUUACGGCCAGGACACAAAGCAAAGAAAAGCAAACGCACUUCACUCAGAGACCUGGCUAUGGUUCAGUGAAAUCUUUCAUGCUAAAUCUUUUAAUUUUACACAGAUUGCCCUUGGAACUGAGAGAGUGAUUGUAGCUAGUCAUCAUGAUUUCUAGCUGCAAGUGUUACCUGGAUGCUGUUGCAUUAUAUGUAACAACUGUAUUGCUGUGUGGAGUUGCGCAGUUAAAUGUACAAUAUUUUGUUUUUUAUUCAAAGAAAACAUAUUGGAUUCAAACAAGGAUAAGAUCAGCCUUA